CGCAGCGCCGCGCGCGGGCCAAGAUGGCGGCCGGGAGCGCAUCGCGCUGGGUCGGGGCGGCCGCGGGGCGUGGGGCGGGGAACGCGCGGCCGCCGCUGCUGCUGCUGCUCCGCGGGCUCCGCGCCCCGCCCGCCCGCGCCCCGCGCCGCCUCCUGCUGCUCCGUGCCGGGCUCUGCGCCGCGGGGACGAAACGCGCUGCCGCCGCCGCCGCCGCCGCCUUCCACAGCAGCGCGGCCCGCGCCAAGGAGGACUAUUACCAGGUGCUGGGGGUGCCCCGCACCGCCACGCAGAAGGAGAUCAAGAAGGCCUAUUACCAGUUGGCAAAGAAAUACCACCCUGACACAAACAAGGACGACCCCAAAGCAAAGGAGAAGUUCUCUCAGCUGGCAGAAGCCUAUGAGGUGCUGAGUGACGAGGUGAAGAGGAAGCAGUACGAUGCCUACGGCACGGCGAGCUUCGAGGCGGGCGCGGCGGGGGCCGGGGCCGGGGCGGGGCGGCAGUACUGGAGCAGCGGCCCCUCCAUCGACCCCGAGGAGCUCUUCAGGAAGAUCUUUGGGGAGUUCUCAGGAUCCCCUUUUGGCGAUUUUCAGACUGUCUUUGACCAGCCACAGGAGUACAUCAUGGAACUGACAUUCACCCAAGCUGCAAAAGGUGUUAACAAGGAGAUUGUGGUGAACAUCCAGGACUCCUGUGUGCGCUGCGAUGGCAAAGGACACGAACCUGGCACCAAAGCUCAGCGCUGUCACUACUGCAAUGGCACGGGCAUGGAGACCAUCAACACGGGCCCGUUCGUGAUGCGCUCCACGUGCCGGCGCUGCGGCGGCCGCGGCUCCAUCAUCACCACGCCCUGCGUCCUGUGCCGGGGCACGGGGCAGAUCAAGCAGAAGAAGACAGUCAUGGUUCCUGUGCCAGCUGGUGUUGAGGAUGGGCAGACAGUUCGGAUGCCUGUGGGCAAGAAAGAAAUUUUCAUUACGUUCAGGGUUCAGAAGAGCUCUGUGUUCCGACGAAACGGAGCCGACAUCCACUCGGAUCUCCUGAUCUCAGUAGCUCAGGCCGUGCUGGGAGGCACAGCCCGGUGUCAAGGCUUGUAUGAGACAAUCAACAUCACAAUACCCCCUGGUAUUCAGCCAGACCAGAAAAUUCGGAUGAGUGGGAAAGGCAUUCCCAAGGUCAACAGCUAUGGCUACGGAGACCACUACAUCCACAUAAAGAUAAAAGUUCCUCAGAGGCUGACGGAUCGCCAGCGAGCCUUAAUGAUGAGCUACGCCGAGGACGAGGCCGACGUGGACGGCACGGUCAACGGGGUCACCAACACAGCCUCAGGAAAGCGUUCUACUGGGAACUAGGAGCCAGCAGCAGCAGGUCAUCCAUGCAGCUGGGGGUGAAUCUUUCUGGCAGCCAGGCUCUGGAGAACGCAGGAUGUCAGUCAGCAGCACAGCAAGAAUCCCAGCUGGAGAGGCCACGGACCACAGAGGCACCAACACAAACCCCACCCACUGUCCUAGGAACUGGCAGUGAAGAAAAACACCAACUUUGCAGAAGUGUGGUUCUCUGGAGGCUGCUCCACAACCCUACUGCUGCUGGAAGCUUAUUUGGUAAAAGUUGAAGUAUUAUCUAGAACCCAAAGCAGAGGAAAUGUGAAAUCAAUAUUGCAGCACAGAGCAGCAGUUUGCUGUAUGGAGGCCAAGGCCACCAACUGCUCACUCAGGUGCCCUUUGGGAUGCCAGGUGAACUCUCCAGGAGACUUGAGUCAGGGAGGUCCAACCUUAUCUUAACGCCAGCCCUGCUGCCCUGCACAGCUCCAAGUGGAAUCUCCCUGGGGCUGGCUGCUGUCUGAGCCCAGCUGGCCUGGCUCCCUCCCAGCCCUGGGCUUUCUCUAUCCUGCUGAUUGCCUGCACAGAGCAGUGAUGGAAUCUGCACUUUGCCUCCAGUUUAUCCCCCAAAUAACUAAAGUUACCACACAACUGCUGUCGCUUCUGGACUGCUACAAGUCGAUCACUGAGCCCUUUGUCAGUUGGGGACAAAAAUCUUUUAUUACUUUAGUGCAACACCCAUAGAGUAAAGGAUUGGUCAAACAUCAUUGUUUUACUUGUGUGAGAGUGCAAGUGAGGUGGAUCACUCCUUCCAGAUGCAGCUGUGCUCUUGCAGUGAGUAUUCCAUGGUUACUGUAGCCUGCUGUGUUUGUGAUACCGUGCAGGUACCAUCAGCCCAGUACUCAUCAGUUCAACACCAGUUAAACAGGGACAUGCUGUAGUCUUGCCCUUCUUAAUUUGCUGAAAUAAAGCACGCAGUUGCCUCCUGAUUAAACUUCUGUAAAGUGAUUCUGUACCCAUGUAAAUAAGAUGACUUCAUAAAGAUAUUUAACACGU